UCCGCGCCCCGCCCCGCGCCGCGCUCCGCGAACCGGGCGAGCGCUGCGCGGGCGGCGCCUGGCUGGCCACCGCCUCCCCCUUGGCGUCCGCGCAGCCGGGUCUUUGUCCGCCGGCCCCGCGGCCGCCCGCGCUUUGUUCCCGGCGCCCGUCUCCCGCCGGCCGGGGCGCGCCGCCGAGCAGCCCCCCGCGUCGCGCUGGCGUCGUCCUCGUCCCCCUCGCCGCCCCCCGCGCGCGGCCGGGCCUUGCCCCCCAUGGUCUCCCGGCCGGAGCCGGAGAGCGAGGCCAUGGACGCGGAGUUGGUGGUGACGCCGCCGGGCUGUUCGCACCUGAGCAGCUUCAAGGUGGACAACUGGAAGCAGAACCUGCGGGCCAUCUACCAGUGCUUCGUGUGGAGCGGCACGGCGGAGGCCCGCAAGCGCAAGGCAAAGUCGUGUGUCUGUCACGUCUGUGGUGUCCACCUGAACAGGCUCCACUCCUGCCUGCACUGUGUCUUCUUUGGCUGUUUCACAAAGAAACAUAUUCACGAGCAUGCGAAGUCCAAGCGGCACAACCUGGCCAUAGAUCUCAUGUAUGGAGGGAUCUACUGCUUUUUGUGUCAGGACUACAUAUACGACAAAGACAUGGAAAUCAUCGCCAAAGAGGAACAGCGGAAGGCUUGGAAAAUGCAAGGCGUUGGGGAGAAGUUUUCAACUUGGGAACCAACCAAACGGGAGCUUGAACUGCUGAAACACAACCCGAAAAGGCGAAAGAUCACCUCUAACUGCACCAUAGGUCUGCGGGGGCUGAUCAACCUUGGAAACACGUGCUUCAUGAACUGCAUCGUCCAGGCUCUCACCCACACGCCGCUCCUGCGGGACUUCUUCCUCUCCGACAGGCACCGGUGUGAAAUGCAGAGCCCCAGCUCGUGUCUGGUGUGUGAGAUGUCCUCACUUUUUCAGGAGUUUUACUCUGGGCACCGGUCCCCCCACAUCCCGUACAAGCUGCUGCACCUGGUGUGGACUCACGCCCGGCACCUGGCGGGGUACGAGCAGCAGGACGCCCACGAAUUCCUCAUCGCGGCGCUGGACGUCCUGCACCGGCACUGCAAAGGUGAUGACAACGGGAAGAAGGCCAACAACCCCAACCACUGCAACUGCAUCAUAGACCAGAUCUUCACGGGCGGACUGCAGUCGGACGUCACCUGCCAAGUCUGCCAUGGAGUCUCCACCACCAUCGACCCCUUCUGGGACAUCAGUUUAGACCUGCCUGGCUCUUCCACCCCGUUCUGGCCCCUGAGCCCAGGCAGCGAGGGCAGCGUGGUGAAUGGGGAAAGCCACGUAGCGGGAACCACUACGCUCACGGACUGCUUGCGAAGAUUUACGAGACCAGAGCACUUAGGAAGCAGCGCCAAGAUCAAGUGUAGCGGCUGCCAUAGCUACCAGGAGUCCACUAAGCAGCUCACCAUGAAGAAACUGCCCAUCGUAGCCUGCUUUCAUCUCAAACGAUUUGAACACUCGGCCAAACUGAGGAGGAAGAUCACCACGUAUGUGUCCUUUCCCCUGGAACUGGACAUGACCCCCUUCAUGGCGUCCAGCAAAGAGAGCAGGAUGAACGGACAGUACCAGCAGCCAACGGAUAGUCUCAAUAAUGACAAUAAGUACUCCCUGUUUGCGGUAGUUAACCACCAAGGGACCUUGGAGAGCGGCCACUACACCAGCUUCAUCCGGCAGCACAAGGAUCAGUGGUUCAAAUGUGACGAUGCCAUCAUCACCAAGGCCAGCAUCGAGGACGUGCUGGACAGUGAGGGGUACCUGCUGUUCUACCACAAACAGUUCCUGGAAUACGAGUAGCCUUAUCUGCGGCCGGACAGGAGAGAUGAGGGCGAUGAGUUGGCAGAGCCUCACAGAACGGUCCCCGUCCUCCCCGACUGCAUGACGCCACCUCCCCCCACGGAAGCGCCCCCAAGAGCGCCGGCUUCUUCCGUGGCCUGGGCCCAGCGGCGGCCCGGGUCGGUGCCUGGGGGGUCGUGGCGUUGGCAUGGAUGAGCGCUGCGCUCGGAAGGAGGCCCUGGGGACCGCACCACGGAAGCAUUUAAAGGCGGGUGUGCGCUGCGUGGGCGGGGGCAGAGUGGCCGCGUCCCUGGUGUCUCCUGUGCUCCUCAAGAAAAUGUGCGGGGGCCGGGGUGGGGGGGGGGGUCCAUUUUUAAAUCGUGGGUCCAUUAAAGCAGGAAAGUAGAGGAGCCAAAGACACUGCGUGAGGACAAAGGACUUUGCAAGUACCUUUCUCUCUGUGAGUUUAGUAUUAAAUAUAUAUAUAGUGUGGAACUCUUAGCCGCCGUCUUGUCAGCAGAUACAGAGAACCCCCCC